GCCUGUCUUCUUGAUCAGCUGAUUAAAGUCCUCGUCAUUCUGUUGUUUCUCUCAUCAUUCUCUGGUUUCUUCCUCGUCCUUGAUUUCAGAGCCCCCCUCCCUCUCUCUGCCCCGGGUCCGAUGGGCACCCCGACGACACUGCCUCCGCUGGCCAUAGUGAAGCACUUGCACUACAGAGCGAAGCUCCCUCUUUCUAUAACGACCGUCUUGAUCUGCACUCUCGCGUUCAUCGGUCUCAUGUACUCCGAGACGAUCGGCCCCUUCACUUCUAAGCUCAAGUCCUGCUCUAAAAAAGACUCUGCAAUUUCGAGCACCGGUGACAGGGAUGGAGUUGACAGCAGUAUCGACCCGGAAAUGGAUGACAGGUUCGAGUUUGACCCUGAGGAGUGCAGCGUCAUGAGCGGAAAGUGGGUGUUCAACAGCUCGUACGAGCCUCCCUACACGGACAUGAGCUGCCCAUAUCUUGACCGGCAAGUCGAAUGCGUCAAGAACGGCCGGCCCGAUACCGAUUAUCAGCGCUGGCGAUGGCAGCCCGAUGACUGUCUGUUGCCACUAUUCGACCCAGAGAAAGCACUGAAGAAACUUCGUGGGAAGAGAUUGAUGUUCGUAGGAGAUUCACUUCAAAGAGGGCAAUGGCAAUCCUUCGUGUGUUUGGUGGAGUCCAUCAUACCAGAAAAACAGAAGUCCAUGAGGCGAGGUCGGGCGCAUUCAGUCUUCAAGGCUAAGGAGUACAAUGCUUCAAUCGAGUUCUACUGGUCACCAUUUCUGGUGGAGUCCAAUUCCGAUCUGCAUAUCGUAGGCGAUCCAAGGAAGAGGAUUCUGAAGGUGGACUCGAUCAUGAAGCACGCGAAGCACUGGACCGGGGUUGACAUCCUCGUCUUCAACAGCUACGUUUGGUGGAUGACCGGACUCAGGAUCAAGUCUCUAUGGGGUUCAUUCGCGAACGGCGAAGAAGGGUAUGAAGAGCUGGACCUGCCGGUCGCUUACAGAAUCGCUUUGAAAACAUGGGCAAACUGGGUUGAUUCCACCAUCAAUCCGAACGAAACCCGGGUCUUGUUCACCACCAUGUCCCCAACACACAUGAGGAGCGUGGAUUGGAAUAACAAGGAUGGCAUCAAGUGCUUCAACGAAACAAAGCCGGUGAUGAAGAAGAACCACUGGGGAACCGGCUCCGACAAGCGGAUAAUGAAGGUGGUGUCCAGCGUGGUGGAGAAGAUGAAGGUUCCCGUCACUUUCAUCAACGUCACGCAGCUCUCCGAGUACAGGAUCGACGCGCACUCGUCGAUCUACACCGAGACGGGAGGCAGCUUGUUGACGGACGAGCAAAAGGCCGACCCGCUCCAUCACGCGGAUUGCAUACACUGGUGCUUGCCCGGCGUCCCGGACACUUGGAAUCAAAUAUUGUACGCGCAUUUGUAGGCAACAGCAUGGGAUCCAUGGCCCAACGGGCAUGUGCUCCUGUGACCAGAUAUUGUAUGUGCUCGACCGCCAUAGAAGGGGUUCGGAGAUUGCAGGGCGGCGCCCGGUGGCAAUGGGUGGUGGUGAGUGGAGGGAGUUGGGCUCUGUGGGUGUUGGGGGCCAUUGGGAACAAGAGAGCAGAGGAUUUGAGGGGUGCCAGGGUUUGAGUGCUUGAUUUUUUUUUUUUUUUUUUAAAGAGGGCAAUUUGGUGUCAUUGUUUUGCAAAUAUGCAUAUUUUUUGAUAAAUUGUUUUACAAACAUCUCUCUCCUCCGUGAGUAAUUAAUGAAGAGUGAUGUUAAGGUGCGAAAGUUUCCUUACUAGAUUUUGUUCAAACGACUAGACAAGUAUACACCGAAUUUUCAUUAUUUGUAAGACUUAUAUAAAGGUGAUUGGCUUGUUUAAA